UCCAAAAGCAACCAAAGCGAAGCGCGUGAGAAAUAGGAAAAGUCCCUUCUUCACGCGCCGGUCAACGGAGUAAAAGGAUCAAAAUCAGAAUUUGGCGUGAUCGAAACGAGGAUCUGGUGUGCAUUUGGGAAUAAUGGCGGCAACGUCGUAUCUGACGCCGACGCAGAGGUACGUGGCGGGAGCAUUGUUCGGGUUGGCGCUGAACCAGGCCCAUUUUCACCAGACCCACCCGUUGGGCCUAUCAACCGACGACUUCCCUUCUGACUCUGAACGUACUCCCUCCAAGCUCGAAGUUUCCGACGAUCCCAGCCUUUGGGUCCAUGAACAUCACGCAUUGCUUCGCCCUGUUUUCAAGUACUUAGAUAUUGAUCCCGCUGCAUGGUCUGGACUCGAGGAAACUGCUGUCUCUACUUCAGUUUCACGUCACGUCGGACCCUUAUUGAGACUAUUAUCAGAAGAAUCUGGUGAUGAUUAUUCCGAAAGGUCAGAUAAAGAACUUGCUUUGUCCGGAGCUGUUGAUGCCAUGGUACUUAGCAUGGAAAGCAAUUCAGAGUCUCUCACGUCUAGAAGGGAGAAGCUACGUGAAUACGAACAUCAAUGUCGUGAAAAGUUUUCAACUUCUGAUGCUGAAUCAAAUUCUGAGAAGAUAGAUAUGCAAUUAGACACCAAGGAGGAGGCCGGUACUCCUUUCCAUGAUUGUGAAGAACCAGAUCAGGGAUCUAUUCAUAGUAAUAUUGAUGAGAGUCCAAUUGAAGAGGUAAUGAUGCUCAGCUAUCCAAGGAAAGUGGCAGUGCUUUAUGAACUUCUCUGUGCUUGUCUAUCAGAUUUAGGUGAAAAUAACAAGAAACAUGGCCGGAGGAGAAAGGGCUAUGAUGCUCGACAUCGUGUCUCUCUGCGGCUGCUGGCAACUUGGCUCGAUAUCAAGUGGUCAAAAAUGGAGGGCAUUGAGACAAUAGUUGCCAGUUCUGCAAUGGCUUUCAUUAAAGAGCAAGAGUCAAGUAAAGAAGAAACUCUAUCAAAAGAAAACAAGGGGGAUAGAUGGAAGAAGGGUUGUAUCAUUGGUGCCGCUGCCUUGACCGGUGGAACUUUGAUGGCUAUUACUGGGGGAUUAGCUGCCCCAGCUAUUGCUGCUGGACUUGGUGCUUUGGCUCCAACUUUGGGUACUCUGAUCCCUGUAAUUGGAGCAAGUGGAUUUGCUGCAGCUGCUACUGCUGCUGGACAUGUUGCUGGUUCUGUUGCUGUUGCUGCGUCAUUUGGAGCUGCUGGAGCUGGACUCUCUGGAACCAAAAUGGCUAGAAGAGUUGGGGGUGUUGAUGAGUUUGAAUUCAAAGUUAUUGGAGAAAAUCAUAACCAAGGUCUGCUUGCGGUUGAGAUCAUGAUCUCUGGAUUCGUCUUUGAGGAUGAAGAUUUUAUAAGGCCUUGGGAGGGAGUGAAUGACAACUUGGAGAGGUAUGCUCUGCAGUGGGAGUCCAAGAAUCUAUAUGCCCUGAGCACUGCAAUUCGGGAUUGGCUUACUUCAAGAAUUGCGGGGGCACUGAUGAAGCGAGGGGCAAUGUUGACGGUCUUGCAUAGUCUUUUAACUGCAUUAGCUUGGCCGGUUACAUUACUUGCAGCAACUGAGUUCAUAGACAGCACAUGGACAAUUGCUAUUGACAGAUCUGACAAGGCAGGGAAGUUGCUUGCCGAAGUAUUAUUGGGAGGACUGCAGGGAAAUAGGCCUGUUACACUUGUAGGUUACUCGCUGGGGGCAAGAGUUAUUUUCAAAUGUCUGGAGUGUUUGGCUGAAACAAAAAACAGUGCUGAACUGGUAGAAAGAGUUGUUCUUCUUGGAGCACCCAUUGCAAUCAGGGAUGAAAAUUGGGAAACUGUUCGAAAGAUGGUAGCUGGAAGAUUUAUAAAUGCUUACUCAAGCAAUGACUGGAUGCUUGGAAUUGCUUUCCGUGCCAGUCUACUUUCUCAAGGAUUAGCUGGAAUCCAACCUGUCGACAUUCCUGGGAUCCAAAACGUUAACGUGACAGAUCACAUAGAGGGACAUUCUUCAUAUUUGUGGGCUACACAACAGGUUAUAGAUGAACUUCAAUUAGAUUCGUAUUAUCCUGUUUUCACAUAAUUUUCAGCAGUGAUUCUUCCGAUUCUUCUUUGUUUCAUAGCGUCUCUGUCACUGCCUUGUAUAUGGAUAUAUAGCCAGCUAGCCAUAGGAACAACAUCUAUUAAUAAACCAAAACUUUUCAUUCUACGUGUUAUAUCAUAAUGAAAAAAAAAAAUUGUACAUUU